AUGACCGAAAAUAAGUUGCAAGGAAGAAUACCAUGGAGUCUUGGGCACUGUAAAAAUCUGAGUUCCAUAAACCUGUCCAUGAAUCAACUCAAUGGAAGCCUUCCUGCAGAAUUAGGACAACUCUCCAAGAUACAGAAGUUGAACCUUUCCUCUAAAGCUCUGGCUAGUCCGCUUCCUCAGGAGCUAGGUAAAACUUCUCUCUUGUUUUCGUUGGAUUUGAGUUUUAAUUCAUUCAAUGGUUCUCUACCGGACCAAUUAGCCAGUCCAAAGAAAUUGCAAUGUCUAAUUUUAGAAGGAAAACGUUUUGGUGGAAGCAUUCCAGCUUGGUUGUCCGAUUUGAGACAAUUGCUACAACUCAAUUUGGGCCAAAAUCAAUUCCAAGGUCGAAUUCCGUCAUCACUAGGAAAUCUAGAAAAUCUAGAAAUUGGUUUAAAUUUAGGCAAUAACAAAUUGAGUGGAACAAUUCCAGAGGGCCUAGGAAAUCUAAAUAAACUAGAGAGAAUGGAUUUGUCAUCCAACAACCUCUCUGGCAUCAUCCCUUCUACCCUAGACAGUCUGUUGUCCCUCGAAGCAAUCAACAUUUCCAAUAAUCAGCUCACGGGAUGCAUACCUAAGUCAUGGUUGAAGUUGUGGAAUUCUUCCUCAAGUUCAUUCACUGACAAUCCAAAUUUGUGUGCAACAGAGAAACAGAGUACUUUCUGUAAGUGCAAAGGCGAUCUUCCUUUAUCUGAUAAGGAAAUCAAGCAUCUCGGCAAAGUCUAUAUAGUCAUUACUGUGAUUGGAGCUACGAUACAGUUAAAUCGUAAACACAGAGAGGAGAGAAGCAUAAGCAGAAAGUUCAAAACAGCAGGACAAAUUUGUCACAGGAAUCUGGUUAAAGUUUUGGAGAUAUGGCAAAUGAAAGAUCGCGGGUUCGUUCUAUACGAGUACAUGUCCAACGAGAGUCUGAAUGAUGUAUUGCACGAGAUGAAACCCCCUCCAGUUUUAGGAUGGGAUAUCCGUUACAACAUUGCUAUUGGUACAGCUCAUGCGCUAUCUUACCUUCACCAUGACUGCAAGCCAGGGAUUUUACACGGUGAUAUCAAGCCCAGCAAUAUACUGCUGGAUUCAGAUAUGGAACCCCAUAUUUCUGAUUUCGGGAUUGCUCAACCCAUGGACGGGUCACUCACUACUGAUUCUUCCUCAUUAAUGGGUACUUUGGGCUACAUUGCACCUGAACGUGGACAGUCAACCAGAAUGACAGAGAAGAUAGAUGUUUACAACUAUGGUGUGAUGUUGUUGGAAUUGAUAAUGAGGAAAAAGGUGAGGGAUUCGAGUUUUGCAGAAAGGAUGGAGAUCGUGAGAUGGGUAAAAUCAUACAGUGGAAGGGAAGAUGCAAUGAUUGAUGUAGAGCUUGGAGACGAAGUGACAGAAGCAGCCAUCAAGGGAGACAUGGUGGGCAUGGUUAGAAUUGGCCUGAAAUGUAUAGAGGAUAAGGCUGAGGACAGGCCUUCCAUGAGAGAAGUGGUGGAGAUGUUGAGAGCAAUUAGGCCCCUAGAAGCACUUUUUAAAUUCAGAGUUGAGAUUUGCCAAGUCUAA